UGUGCCUGUGGCACCAGCUCCUCCACCACAGCCACCAAACAUGGCCCAGACCAACAGCAAAGUAGCCAUGCGGGAAGCAUGGCAUGCCCAACGAUUAGCUAAGAAAGGGUUGAGAACAAUGUCACUUGGUUAUGAUUGGAGCAUUCCACAAGAAGUGGACAAGAGAAUUGAAACAUACAUGAAAGCAAAAGCAUUUAAGAGCGCCUUUAGAGAAGCUGAGUGGAAAAGCAACGAACUCUACAUCACCAAAGAGGCACACAACAAUCUGCCAAUGAGACAAGAAAUUAAUGAGCGUAUGAAACUUGCCCAUGAGUCUUUACCAGUUCAGUGGACAAACAGACAAUUUCGUGUAUUUCCUUCAAUUUUAGACUUCCAUGAUGUUCAACUCGGUGCAAUAGCAAUGAAGGUUUUGAUUGUUCAAAAUUAUCAUGGACCCCGAAGUGGGAGAAUAUUCAUUCACAAGGAAGAUAAAUUGUCAGUUAAAUUUCACUAUUGUCAUGGUCCAAUUGCACCGGGAUUGUAUUUUGUGAUUCGUGUAUAUUUCAGAGCAUCUGAGUUGGGUGUUCAUUUUAGCCAGGCUGAAAUAGCCACUGAGUUUGAAAUUCACUCUGUCACAAUCAAAGCUAUUGUGAGAAGUGAUAAAGUGUUGAAUAAUCUGGAUGACCAAGCGGAAGAGGUUGUGCGAAAUGCGUGUUUUGCAUCAAUCAAUCCGUGGGGCAAAUUCAUAAUAUGUAGGAAAUGCCAUGAUCAUCAUGUUGCAUGGUGGUCUAAGGCUUGGGGUUUGUAUGAAUGCACGGCUUGUGAAAACUUUCAUCUUCCUCAAGAAUAACUUAAUGGGUUUUCUAUCAAAUUAUUUUGUAUACACUUGCACAAUUUUUGUGAAUUAUUAGGGCAAUUUUAAGUGCAUAGAAAUUACAUUGUAUGGGACUCUUGUGGAGACCAUUUAGGGCAAUUAUAUACCAACCAGGCCGCUAUGUCCAAGAUCUGUAUAAAUUAUUAUCACAAACUAUAAAGAGCAAGCCAGAAUUCGAAAGUAGUUAGGGAGGUGCAAGAUUAGGCCUACAAAGUAUUAGAAAUGAUACUAGAUAUAGAGACAUUAAAUUUACUAAAAGACCCAUUAACGCUCUAAGAAACAAUUUGUGCACUUUCAAUACUAGCUAAAUUUAAGUAUAUGGACCCAGAUGUAGUGAUAGAGUUCUAUCUCACUUUUUGAGACAUAAUUGGCUAACAAUACAUAGAAAUGAUUAAUACUAGCCUUAUUUUAGGGUUCCUCCUUCCUUGAGUUACUACUAGUACAAUAACCCUUCUUCAUAAAGGUGGAGAUUGUUGCUUCUUAACCAAUUGGAAGUCCAUUACACUUCUGAACUUAGACUACAAAAUAUAUGCCAUGACAUUGCACCUAUCUUUAUGAUCAAUACUUAUAAAUAUUAUUAGCAUAGAUCAAUUGAUAUUCUUAUUCAUGGAAUUCAUAUGGACAAUUUUUUACUUACCUAAGAAACCAUGGAAUAGGCUGAAUAUUUAGAUCAACCUCUAUUAUUUCUCAAAUUAGAUUUUUCAAAGGUAUAUGAUAUGAUAGAAUAUUAUUUUUUAUUCACAAUUAUGAUAGUACUAGGCUUCUCAAAAGAAUUCAUAGACAUGGUCAAUUUUCUUUUAGGAAAUGCUUCAACUUGUAUAAAGGUAAAUGGAACAUUAUCAAAAUAUUUUCCAAUUAUAAGAGGGAUGAGACAAGGAUGUCCAUUGGUUCUUUAUUUAUUCUUAAUUGUAGGAGAAGCAAUAAAUACCAUGAUAACAAAGAACAUUGCAAGUGGGACUAUACAAAGCAUCUAACUUCUCAUCAUAGGACAUUAAUAAGUAUUAACUCAAUAUGCACAUGACACAUCCUUUAUCUUAUUAGAAAAAGAAGAUUUAAUAAGGACUGUAACCUAUAUUAUUGAAAUUUUUACUUGGCAUAUGGAUUAAUGUUGAAGUAAUAGAAAUCAAGUAGCU